UUCAAGCGCAGCUCACUGCGCUCCAGAUGCUCCACGCACGCGAGUGUUUAGGAUAGGCAAAAAUAAUAGACAAAACAUUGUAUUGUUUUUUGCAAUGCCACACUUGGAACGAUAGAAAUCUACAUAUAUAUUCAAACAUUUGCAUACUUCAAAGCCUGCAUAAACCAACCGUGGCGCUCAAGUAUCUUCAAACAUGAGCAUCAUCUCGGAUGGCAGUGAUGUUCUUGAUGGAGAUAUGCGUGCUGACACUUCAUGACAAAAGAUACCCAACUCUAUUUUUCAGCUUCCGAUCAGCAGUGACAAAGAAGAGGAGAGAAGAGCGCAGGAUGAAAAGCACUGGCUUACUUCUGGGUUACUUUUUGAUGAAAGUUCUUGUGUGCGACGCGGAAGGAGAACCUGGGAAAAACCUGGAUGGUUUGGUGACGGCGUCGGGGUUCAACGACUCCAGAGACGGGGAGAACGGUCUCUCUGAGACCCCUCACACGGAGGACAGGUGUCGGGGCUAUUAUGAUGUGAUGGGUCAGUGGGAUCCUCCGUUCGUGUGCCGCACUGGUAGCUACCUGUACUGUUGCGGGACCUGUGGCUUCAGGUUCUGCUGCGAGUUUAAAAACUCCAGAUUAGAUCAGACCACCUGCAAAAACUACGACACCCCGCCGUGGUCCAUGACGGGCAGACCACCGCCGAAGAUGAUGGACCAACACGAUUCGACUAAGGAUAAAACCAAUUUGAUUGUGUAUAUCAUAUGCGGAGUAGUUGCUAUCAUGGCGCUGGUUGGGAUAUUCACCAAACUUGGCUUGGAGAAGGCGCAUCGACCUCACAGAGAGAACAUGUCGAGAGCGCUGGCCCAGGUGAUGCGCCAGACAGCUCCAGGAGAAGAUGUGGAGAGAGAGGAGAGCUUGGUGGUGCACGGACAACACUACGAGAACAUGCAGGCCAGAGCAACAGGAAACAACCUGCAGGGUGCCCAAAUAAACAGUGUGGGACCUGGCUCAUCUAUGAUGCAGGCAAUGACACAAUAUCCUGCCCUUGGACAAGUACCUGUAGCCCAGCCCUACGAACCAUCUCAGCCUGGAAAGGAGCUCAACAAGUACGCUUCGCUCAAGGCUGUGGCUGACAAAGCAAACGAAAACUUCUACACUAACAGACGGCACCUAGCUGACCUGGCAGCGAAAGGCACUCUUCCUAUGCACUCGGUGAGUCUGGAGCAGGAGCCCACCAACCCUUACAGCCCCGAGCUGCCCUGCCAAAAGCAGAAUGGACACAAGUCCAAAAGCACCAAGGUCCACAUCUCCCACCCGCUAGCUUUUGGCUCGAACACCAUCGCCAACCCUGGCAUGCUGAAGGGCUGGGAGACCACAGAAACGCUGGGCCGCCGGCACACGUACGCCCCCAAGAAGCACAGUGCCACCGUGGAGCAAGUGAAUGAGCUGACAUCCACCCACAGCCAGCACUUCCUGCCGCCACAUCCGUACUUUGUCACCAACAGCAAGACUGAGGUGACUGUGUGAACGGGGCCGCGACGCCGGUAUAUCGAGCCCAGGCCUGAUUGGAUGCGUGGAUUGGAGAACAAGGAUAAUAAAGGAAGCCUGAUGGAGGAAGAAGUGUGGAUUAGGAUCCUGUCCUGCUGGAAGGAUUGACCGAGCGGUCUGGCUCGAGAUCUGCAUGGCUGUAUGUGUGCUGUUGCUUUGGCGACAGGCGUGCACUGGGAACAUUUGAACGGGAAAACGUGGAACUCUUUCUGUGUCCAUUCCGUCAAAAACGAAUAAUCUGACCUGUAGUGAUGAGUUUGUCUCAAGGCCAUCCGUCAAAGUGAUGAGAACCCAUUCAAACCCUAAACAAUCAGUGCAAUAAAAAGUACUAGUUUAGAUGAUGUUUCACAACAACCUGAAAGCUUGGGAGAACGUCGCUUAAGAAACACUAUCCUGUUUUUCUCAGAAUCUUGUAUAUAACAGAAUGGACGAAAAAAGUCAAAGGCUUCCUUGAAUAAUUAAAGACCAUCGAUCUGGAAGAUAAAAAAAUGAUGUGAGGACAAUCGUGUCUCACGUUCUUCUCAUCUCAACCCUCGAGACUUUCCAGAGCGUUUGCACCAAAAACCUCCUGUAGCAACCUAACAUCUAUAUCCUGACAAACACUGGGCUUGUGCCUUUCCAACAGAAGAACUCAUUAUAUGAGAGCUCUUGUGCUUUUCAGCGAGCACAUGGUGUUUCUUCAAUAACAAAGAUGCAUAAAAUAUAAACAAAUCUAUUGUUUACGGCUGUCAUACUUCAGUAGAAAAUGUUGAUUGUCAGUGUUCUUAAAUACACAUUUCCCUUCUGUUUCGACAGUUUUUCUCUGAUGUGUUCACAUAUUGUAUGGCCCUAUCUUUUAGUGCAACUGUAGACUGUAGACAAAGGAAGUUCUGUAGGGUUAAUGAUAGACAUUCAUUAUUUUUCAUUGUUAUGUAUGAUAAAAAAAAUGAAUGGUUUAUUCUGAUCAAGAUCAAGAUUGUUACAACACUGCCAUUGUUGCAUUCCCAUUAUUUUUGGUAUUGAAAACUGAUUCAGAAGUUUCUUUUGUCUUUAGCAUCAUAAUGCAAACCAUUUCAAUUAGCAUAAGGGCAAAAGGCUGCAUUCAAUUUCAAAACCUGAGCGUUUUGUCAUCCACAUCCAAAUUAUCCCAAGUAUCUGGCUGUGAAUAAUAUGGGUCACAAAACUUUAAUUGCUGUGAAACAAGUGGCUUUAUCUCAGUACACUUAAAAUGUUUUUGACCUAAAUCAUUUACUCACUUAAAUUGAGAUUUUAGGCAAAUUAGCAGGCUAACUCAUAGUGAAAAUAAAAAUACAUUUACAUAUCUACUAGUACAGCUUUCUGCAGUGUCACACAUUCUUAUUUCAUAUGUAGGAUACUCGUUCUCAGUAUUUACAAUAUGUAGUAGAUGUAAGGGGUGAGCGCACUAGAUUUUGUGUUUGUAUUCCGCUGUUUUUAUUUAAGUUUGGUGAACUCUGGCUUGCAAAUCUGUAUAGUGGUGUUUGACCAUUAGAUGAUCUAAAUGUCACAGGCUGACCUGCUGCUAGUGGCACAGAAAUGGCACGCUUCACCUUUAAGGUAAAGGAAUAGUUCAACCCAAAAUA